GUUCUUCUUCGAUUUCCCAGAGCAGAUUAUUGUAUCUUCUUUUGUCUUCCUAGUUUUUGAAAGAGAGAGAUGGAUUGGGACAGCGUUGCUGCUGAGGAUGUGAUCGAGGCGUUAAGAGAGGUCGAAUGGUCGGCGAGUCCUCGUUCCUUGGCCGAGUUCUUCUCCAGAUUCGCGUUUCCUCGCUCUUUCUCUAAAUGGAUGAGCCGUCUCAAAUGCAAUCUCUACUACUAUAGGACGAAUUACUUCAUCCUCUUGAUUUUCGUUCUGGGUCUUGCACUUAUCACUCGACCUCUGGCAAUUCUUGGUGCUGCUCUUACAGCUUUAAGCUUAGCUUUCCUUAACGACAGUUUUGCAGCUACUUUUAAUGAGAAGAUGAUCCGGACCAUUAGGCAUAUCUCGCCACAUUUAGCUGCCAAGAUGAGGCCUCCCCACAUGCCUGUCAUUCGUGGGCGAUCUGCAACUAGAAAGACAGUCUACAUUUGUGGCCAACCUCGUUUGGUAUUCGUGUUGAUUGGCUUAACCGCCAGUUUUGUGCUGUGGUUCACGUCCUGCGGUUUAUUAUGGGUCCUCUAUGCAUUUACCACUGCCAUUCUCAUGAUACUUCUUCACGCAAGCCUGAGAACUCCAAACCUCAAGGCACGCUUGAACACAUUCCGUGAAGAAUUCAGGGCUGUCUGGCGUAACUACAGCGAGCUUUAAGUCAACAGGAAGCAUUGAUUCAAUCUUGAAGCAAACCAAGCAGGAAAUCACAGGUUUCAAGCAAGGACAUGAACUCCAAUUCCUUCCAUCAUGUGCACAAACAAAAUGGCAGUUAUUCU